AUGGCAUCUUUCAACCUCACCUCCUCUGACCCUUCAGCAUUCACCCUAAUGGGCAUCCCUGGCCUGGAAGCUGUCCACAUAUUGAUUUCCAUUCCUUUCUGUAUGUUCUACAUUAUUGGCCUGUUGGGAAAUUUCACUGUUCUCUUUGUUGUAGGGAAAGAACAGACCCUGCACAAGCCAAUGUACCUGCUGCUCUGCAUGCUGGCGCUUACAGACAUCAGCACUUCUACCUCCGUCGUGCCAAAGGCACUGUGUAUAUUUUGGUUCAAUUUGAAAGGCAUUACUGUGGGUUGCUGCCUCUCCCAGAUGUUCUUCCUUCACGCAGCUUCUGUUAUGCACUCAGCCAUCCUUGUGACAAUGGCCUUCGAUCGCUACGUUGCCAUAUGUAACCCUCUGAGAUACGCCACCAUCCUCACCAAUGCACGAAUAGCUAAGCUAGGGCUUGUGGGUUUGGUAAGAGCUGUUCUCUUCAUUCUGCCUGUGCCCCUGCUCCUGAUCAGACAGCCAUUCUGUGCCAACCGCAUUAUCCCCCACAUGCACUGUGACCACAUGGCUGUGGCAAAGAUGUCAUGUGGGGACAUCACAGCCAACAGGACUUACGGCUUGAUAACACCAUUUGUAGUCAUUGGGUUUGACCUGAUGCUCAUUGCCUUGUCCUACAGUCUGAUCAUCAGGGCUGUCCUCAGAAUCUCCUCCAAGAAAGCCCACCAGAAAGCCCUCAACACCUGCACAGCCCACAUCUGUGUGAUGCUGACAUAUUAUACUCCUGUCCUUUUCUCCAAUCUCACAUACCGGUUUGGUCAAGGCAUCGCUCCCCAUGUUCACAUCAUCUUGGCUGACCUCUAUCUCCUCAUCCCUCCCAUGCUCAACCCGAUCAUUUAUGGGGUCAAAACCAAAGAGUUUCGAGACAAAAUGGGCAUAUACUCCUGCAAAAUGUGA